CUUGAACCUGAUCUACAAUGGAAAAACUGCUUUUGUUUCUGCUGUUCAUUGGCAUAGCAGUGAGAGCCCAGAUCUGCCCCAAGCGCUGUGUCUGUCAGAUUUUGUCUCCGAAUCUUGCAACCCUUUGUGCCAAGAAAGGGCUCUUAUUUGUUCCACCCAACAUUGACAGGAGGACUGUGGAAUUACGGCUGGCAGACAACUUUGUUACAAAUAUUAAAAGGAAAGACUUUGCCAAUAUGACCAGCCUUGUGGACCUGACCUUGUCCAGGAAUACAAUAAGUUUUAUUACACCUCAUGCGUUUGCUGACUUGCGCAAUUUGCGGGCUUUGCAUUUGAACAGCAACCGAUUGACUAAGAUCACCAAUGACAUGUUUAGUGGACUCUCCAACCUUCACCACUUGAUACUUAACAACAACCAGCUGACUUUGAUUUCUUCCACAGCUUUCGAUGAUGUUUUAGCUCUUGAGGAAUUGGAUUUGUCUUAUAACAAUUUAGAAACCAUCCCUUGGGAUGCUGUGGAGAAGAUGGUUAGUUUGCACACUCUCAGUCUAGACCACAAUAUGAUUGACCAUAUUCCUAAAGGGACCUUCUCCCACCUCCACAAGAUGACCAGGUUAGAUGUCACAUCUAACAAACUGCAGAAGCUACCGCCUGAUCCUCUCUUUCAGCGAGCUCAGGUACUAGCAACCUCAGGAAUUAUCAGCCCCUCUACUUUUGCAUUAAGCUUUGGUGGAAACCCUUUGCAUUGCAACUGUGAGCUUUUGUGGCUGAGGCGGCUCUCCAGAGAGGACGACCUGGAGACCUGUGCUUCUCCUCCGCUCUUGUCCGGUCGGUACUUCUGGUCAAUCCCAGAGGAAGAGUUCCUCUGUGAGCCUCCCCUCAUCACGAGGCACACGCACGAGCUGAGGGUCUUGGAGGGCCAAAGGGCCACGCUGCGGUGCAAGGCCCGGGGGGAUCCGGAACCAGCAAUUCACUGGAUUUCACCCGAGGGCAAGCUUAUUUCAAAUGCAACGAGGUCUUUGGUGUACGAUAAUGGGACGCUGGACAUCCUUAUAACUACAGUAAAGGAUACAGGUUCCUUCACCUGCAUUGCUUCCAAUCCAGCUGGGGAGGCCACACAAACAGUGGACCUGCAUAUAAUCAAACUUCCCCAUUUGCUGAAUAGUACCAAUCACAUCCACGAGCCUGACCCUGGCUCCUCAGAUAUCUCGACUUCCACCAAGUCAGGCUCCAACGCGAGCAGUAGUAACGGGGAUACUAAAAUCAGCCAAGAUAAGAAGGUAGUAGUGGCAGAGGCAACAUCGUCCACUGUGCUGCUGAAAUUUAAUUUUCAGAGAAAUAUACCUGGAAUACGCAUGUUCCAAAUCCAGUACAACGGUACUUACGAUGACUCGCUUGUUUACAGAAUGAUACCUCCCACGAGCAAAACCUUCCUGGUGAACAACCUGGCGGCGGGGACGGCGUACGACCUGUGCGUCCUGGCCAUCUACGACGACGGGAUCACCUCGCUGACGGCCACGCGGGUGGUGGGCUGCACGCAGUUCACCACCGAGCAGGACUACGUGCGCUGCCACUUCAUGCAGUCCCAGUUCCUGGGCGGCACCAUGAUCAUCAUCAUCGGGGGGAUCAUCGUGGCCUCCGUGCUCGUGUUCAUCAUCAUCCUCAUGAUCCGCUACAAGGUGUGCAGCAGCAACGGGCAGCAGAAGGCGGCCAAGGUGAGCAACGUCUACUCGCAGACCAACGGGGCGCAGGCGCAGGGCUGCGGCGCGGGGCCGCCCCCGUCGGCCUCCAAGCUGGCGCUGGGGCUGGACGAGACGAAGCGCCGGCUCUCCCUGAGCGCCGAGCUGCCCGAGCGCCGCCACCGCCGCUGCGCCGGCGCGCUGCGGUCCAAGAGGAGCCUCUCCAUGAACGGCAUGCUCACCGGCUCCGACAGCUCCGGCCUGGGCAGCGCAGCAGCCUCCUCCUCCGGCUCCGAGUGGAUAUUGGAAAGCACUGUGUGA